CCCCGCCUGGUCAGCUGGGCGGGCGGCCGGCCGGGAAAGCGGCGAGCGAGCGAGCGAGCGGGACCGGCCUGGCCUCUAAUUGCGGCGGCGGCGAGCGGAGGUGCCUUUGGAUGGUUCCAGCUGGAGGCCUUGGGCUAUAGCUGGGUCCCCCCCCCCCCCCCCCCCCCCCCCCUCCCCUCCCUUCUCCUCUCUUCCCCCGUCCCGCUCUUAAGGGCCUCCCUUCUGCACCCACUAAUGACUGCGUGGAUCAUCCUCCCCAUCAGCCUCUCUAUCUUCUCAAUCACUGGAAUAUGGAUUGUCUAUGCCAUGGCAGUCAUGAACCACCACGUGUGCCCUGUUGAGAACUGGUCAUACAACGAGUCUUGUUCUGCUGAUUCUACCAAGCACGGCUACCCCAAAAGCUGCUGCACCUUGGAAGACAUCCCUUUGAUCAGUAAAUGUGGCACUUACCCUCCUGAAAGUUGUCUCUUCAGCCUUAUUGGGAACAUUGGAGCUUUCUUGGUGGCCAUCAUCUGCUUCCUGCGCUACGGGCAACUCCUGGAGCAAAGACAGGCCUCAGGGGUGAACACAGCAGCCCUUGUCAGCGGUUGCACCAACGCGGCAGGCCUGGUGGUGGUUGGAAAUUUCCAGGUGGAUUAUGCCAAAUCCCUUCACUACAUCGGAGCCGGCGUUGCCUUCCCAGCUGGCCUGCUUUUCGUCUGCCUCCAGUGCUUCCUCUCCUACCACUCGGCUGCUUCUGCCCUGGACUCCUGGAUGGCCCACCUGCGCGUGGUCCUCUCCACCAUGGCCUUCGUCUCCCUUGUCCUCAGCGGCAUCUUCUUCAUCCACCAGAGCUUCCUCCUGCAGCACCUGGCCGCCAUCUGCGAGUGGGUCUUCGUCAUGGACAUCCUCGUGUUCUACGGAACCUUCAGCUACGAGUUUGGCACCGUCUCCAAUGAGACCCUGGUGGCCGCCCUGCAGCACUCCAGCGGCCGGGGCUGCAAGUCCCCGGGCAGCAGCAGCACCUCCACCCACCUGAACUGCCACCCGGAGAGUAUUGCCAUGAUAUGAAGGUGGCGGGAGAGGGAAGGCCCGCCCUACCUCCUCCGCUGCUCUGGCCAGCGGCCUUUCCUUCCGGCCACUUUGGUAGCAAGAGGGCUUUUUAAAGAAUACGUUGGUGCCUGGCCCUUCUGUCCAUCGGUCCCCACCCUGCAGAGAAGUGCCAAAGACCUCCGUGCCCAGCCUUUGCGCAAGGACACCUUGACGCGCUUCCUCUGCUGGACCUCUGGCCACCCUUCAGGGAGUGCCUCCAAGCCAAAAGUGUGCUUUUGUGUGCCUGUUGGGGCAGCCGAGAACCCAGGUUCCUCUGGCAACCAUUGUGCCUCACUGCCAACCCGUCUUCUCUCAAGGCAAGAGUGGCUUAAGCCACAGAAGCAAGUUCAUUUGGGGGAUGAUGUCCCCUGCGCUGGUGCAGACAUACCCCUCCCCUUGUUAAGAAAAUAAAAGCACGGGAAAGAGAGAACCUCCACCUCUGUCUCUCUCUCUCUCUCUCACACACACACCAUACGGUGUUUCUCUUCAGCCCUGGGUAAAGCGAGGCGAUGUUUUGUAGAACUUUUUUGUAUCUUUACCUAUAUAAUA